AUGUACGAGCAGGGCUUUUGCAACUCUCGCUUUGCUUUACCUUGGAGCCUCUUUACUGCCAUCAUGCAGUUGCGAGGACGAUCCAUCGACAAGUUUAAGACGCCUCCACUGGUUAGAUUUGCCCGGCGCUCCUACCCAGCAAUCUCUCGCGCCUCGGCGACCCGUACGGGCGCUUGUACCUCGAUCCCCCAGGAGCCCCCGGGCCCCAAGCGUUCCCCUGGAACCAAGCCCUCCCCCCCCCGUACCAGACCAGCACGACAACAAAAGCCACGAUCCCCAAGAAUCACGCGAGUUCCCCCAAGUCCCCGUGCCCCGAAUAUGCCAGCGGCGUUAGAGGCUGCCACGUUAGAGGGCGAGCUGGACGUGCUUGUCAACGAAAAAUCCACGGAAACAUUACUGCGGGAUGGCAGCGGAGAUGUCACUGCAGUGUUGCUGGACGAGACGGAGGCGCUGCAGUUUGCUGGCCAGCUCGUCCGGCUCAGUGUCGAAGCGGGCGGCGAAGGUGACGGCGCCACUACCGACCAGGACUCGGCAGCGACGACGAGGAGUUCGACGACGGUCGGCGACGAGCAGUCAUCGAAAGCCCACCAUCGCCGCCGCCGACGGCUGCAGACUUCCCCAGUGCGGGCCAAAAUAAUUGAGAGCUUCGGUUUCGCAAGUAAAGAUGCUCCCAAGGACGCGCCAAGUGGUGCGAGGAACAUCACUAGCGUCGUUUUCCUGCUCAGCUUUUGUGGUUGGAACAAUUUGUUCACCGCCGCGUCGUUCCGGGAUUUUUGGCUCAACGGUCCCGACACACCGCCAACUGCCCGUACGGUGCAAAACUACUGGAGCUUCUGCUCUCAGGGCGCGACCCGCAUGACGAACGCCACGCAGCUCAUCUUUGAGGUUUCGCUGCCGUGUGAGGGGACGUACGGCGGACGGUCGUACGACUUUGCGAAGAAGUGCGACAGCUCGUUGGAGCUGUAUGCCUGGAUGGAUCUCGCCGACGACUACGUGCAGAAUACACUGGGCCAAAAUAUCUCCAGCGUCAAGCAACGGAUUGCAGUGCUGCCCUAUGAAGUGAAUCAGAACUGCUUCUGGGCAGGCAUGGGUUCGGUUGGUUGCAGCGGGUCUCGUUGCUAUACCUGGAUCAACGGCCGCUAUUCUCAGGACCCUAGCACCUACGUGCACGAGCUUGGCCACAACCUGGGGCUGCAGCACUCGGGCCGCGUGGGCGUCGCAUACGAGUACGCCGACUCUUCCUGCACAAUGGGCCAGGGCAGGACCUGCUAUAAUACACCAAACAUGUGGCGCCUGGGCUGGCUGUCACCCGUCCCGGGGGGCGACCUGAACGGUACGACAUUUGAAGUCGGGCGACCUCGGCGCUUCAUUCUGCCUGGCCAGAACAAGUCACCGCAGUCCUUCAUCCGCAUCGACCCAACCUGGGUCCUCAAGGGUACUGAAUCCAAGAGCCUCACUUCGACGCCUGCACCUGUCUUCUACGUCUCUCUGCGCACCCAAGAACCCCCUUUCGAAAACCUCAGUCCCGCUACGAACCGAGCCACUAAUUCGUACAUGCGGUCAGUCCAGCAAGCUAUGCUAAAUACCGACAACGAGUUCAGGACCAGUCAAACGUACGGCUUGCUCAUACAAGUCAAUUCGCUGUCAGCCAGCAACGCCACCGUUACCGUCUGCCGUUACAGUGGCGAGUCGGAAUACCAGGCCAGCACGAACUCGUGUUCUGAUGGUCGCGACAACGAUUGCGAUGGUCUCAUGCUGUCGGUAGCUUCAGAAGUGGAGCAACCAAGCAAGCUGCCUCCAUGGAUCAUCAUCAUCAUCGUUUAG